AUGCCAUGCAGCAGACGCAGGAUCUGGAACAUUAUCGGGAUUAGCAGGACGAAUUUGAAGAUGGACCGUCGCCGAAGGACAUGUAACGGAAAAGCUGUAUCAGCUAAACCGGCAUUAGGACAGGUCACCCCGGCACGUGUUCCUUCUGUGCCCGGCCUAGGGGAAACGGAAGAGAAAGCUAUAGGCUGUGCAGAUGAUCUAGGUGCGCUUGCCCAAGUGGGUGUUUGA